AUGCCCCUCACAAACGUGCACAACAUCGUGCUCGUCCUCUCCGGCAAAGGUGGCGUCGGCAAGUCCAGCAUAACAACCCAACUCGCGCUUACCCUCUCGCUGCAAGGCCAUAGUGUGGGCGUAUUGGAUGUCGAUCUUACGGGACCGAGUAUACCGCGGUUUUUUGGCAUCGAGGGCGAGAAGGUGCGGCAGGCACCGGGAGGGUGGAUACCGGUUGGUGUUCAUGAGGGGCAGAAAUUGCCUGCGCGAGAAAGUCGCGUUGGGGGAGGUGGUGACAGUAUUGGUGACAGAGAAGAAGAACGGAAUGCAGACACGAAUGGCAGGGCACCCGGGCAAGAAGUCGGAGCACUGAGUUGUAUGUCCCUAGGCUUCAUACUCGCCAAUCGUGGGGACGCAGUCAUAUGGCGAGGACCCAAGAAAACAGCCAUGGUGCGACAAUUCCUCACAGAUGUCUUAUGGCCAGAGCUGGAUUAUCUCCUGGUUGAUACCCCACCCGGUACGAGCGACGAGCAUAUUUCUCUCCUCGAAACACUGCUCAAGAACACGACAUCCACGUCACCUCCUCCACGCUCCACUACAUCAUCCACAGCAGUCAAUAUUCCCUUCCUUGCUGGCGCCGUAAUCGUAACAACACCCCAAGCCAUAUCAAUCUCCGACGUCAAGAAAGAACUCAACUUUUGCAAAAAAACCGGUAUCAAGGUCCUUGGAGUCAUUGAAAAUAUGGCAGGCUUCGUCUGUCCAAAUUGCUCCGAAUGCACAAAUGUGUUUUCCAAGGGCGGAGGCGAGGUCAUGGCGCGUGAAUUUGGGGUUCCGUUUUUGGGCAGCGUGCCCAUUGACCCGGCGUUUGUGGUGUUGAUCGAAGAGGGCAAGAGGCCGGUGUAUCCAGAGGGUACAAAGGUGGAGGGUACAGCUGUUGGUGGGGGCGUAUUGGCGGGCGAAGGUAAUGCAGAAGGGGAUAAGGGAGGUUUGCUGGUGGACAAGUACCGGGAUUGUUCGCUUGCGCCGUUAUUCGACGGGUUUGUUCGAAGGCUGAUUGAGGGGAUUGAACGGUAG